CACACACACACACGCACACCCGCACGCCUACAACAGAAGGGCCCUCUCCGUCGAUCACAUGCAGAGUCCGCAAUUAGUGACACCCCGACAGACGCGGCGGUGUCGUGCACACGUGAACCUGUGGGCAAAUUGGACCAAGCUACCCACCUCUACGCAGCGCUACGCUCAAACGCAUGCGUCAAUAGCACUGCCCUAAGUUGAAUGCUGUAUUUUAAAUAUAAAAUAGGUGACGUUUCGGACAAUGACCCUGCUUUAUGCAGACGGAUGAUAUCAAUAAAUACGCUGCGGAUGUCUCACCGCUAUGGAGAAGUACCAGUGACCGAAACGUCGCCUGUCAUGUGUUUUUCACCUUCCACAGCAGACGAAUUUGUCUAUGUCAUGUUUUGCUCGCGCACCACUGCCAACGGAUGAUCACACUUUGUUUUGCUUGCUUCCGGACGAAUAUUGUUUGCCGGCUCUAAUGAUCUUGCACUACUACGACUCUAACUAUGCAUUUGAUGCGAUAGCUGCACAGGAUUGCUGUUUGUACACAGCUUCGUUAACCAGUGUUGCCAGCACAGUAAUAAUGAUAAUACUGUCCUUUGGGUGCGAAGGAAAACAUUGCAUUGUCACCACUUCUUUAAACUUGUAUACAUUUGAUGAUGAUGAUGAUCGUCAUCAUCACGAUUAUCCUCGUAGUGCAUGCGAAGUGGUGAUGCAUUUUUAAUGUGCAGAGCACGCAUUGUGGCUGCCAUGAGCGCAAUUCGUUCUUGUGCGCAUGAGUCAUACAUAAAUGCAUGAGAUACACAUAUAAGCUCAUACGUAUAAGCAGUCUCAUUAAUUUGAGUUCUUGCAUUUGUGAGCUGUCAAACGCAAUGGCGAUGUUAGCUGUGGGGGUAAAAAAUAAAAAAGAUACGCGUUUACAUACACGUACACUUUUAGAUUUGCGUUUGGAGUUGACCUGAUGUUUGUUUUUUUAAGUGUGACCAAGCACGAUAGCCUAAGUCAAGAAUGUAUCUGCUUGGUCAGGAUUUGUUGUCUUGCUUAGGUGCGAGCAUUAACCUUUCCGUGCCAAAAUCAAUGCAAGCUAAUACACGUUUUGGACUAAUUGUCAGCAACAUUAGUUCAUAUUUGGAAUCAUUUAAAAAUGAUUUUCACUCACAUCUCAACCACAUGAUGUACAGAUGUGUGCAUAUUUCUAUGGAGUAUGUCAAUAUAUUUAUAUUUUAUAUUCAUGCUAAAUAAAGUCAUUCUAUCGGAAGAUAUUGUGUUAUAUAGCAUAGAUAAAUAUGUGUGGUAUAUGAUUGAUUUCAUUCGUAUAUUCGAAUCUGUUUUAACAUGCUAGUUUCUUGAAAUUCUUAUUGUAAGGAUGGAUCCUGCCGUUUUUUGUACCCUCACUGAGUCUUGAGACUAAUGUUCAAGAGGUUUAUACUUUGAAAUUAUACACCGCCCAGGUCGAUGCUGUACAUUAUAAAAUGUGCAGCAAAACAUACCUACACUGGAUUUGUGCUCUUGGCAUUCAUCAGCAAGCCAUUGAAUACACAGAAGCCCAAUAGUGUGAUGUCUCGAUUUAUAGGCAGAACUAAUAUGCACAAAGUGGAACCCACAAUCUGUACUUUAAUUACAAACUAAUGAACACCAUAUAAUCCUUAUUAUCAUCAUUAUCCUUGUCUAUCGAGUAAAGAAGAUUCACUCAAGACUUUUUCAGAAGAGUUCUGCCAAGUUUUUUUUCCAGCAGGGGGCGAUGUUGUUUUGUGCAAUUCCAAUUGAGUCAUUUGCAGGUAACAUUUCAGCUUUGGGAUGUUUGGCCAAUACCCGUUAGAUAGCAUGUUUUUCUUUAUAUGUAAGCAAAGCAAUGUAAGUAACAAAACAACUGCAUUUUUAAUUUAUUUAUUUAGGGUAAUUUCUGCAUAACGUACAGACCGUGUUAAAUGUAAGCAGCAGUGCCAGUCGUGGCCAGAAAGAACUACAGACUCCCAACAGCUCAACCGACUGACCAUCGCUCUCCUUCCUAAUUGUGUCUGUUCCCUCCGUACUUGUUACAAACUCAACUGGUGAUGACUCAUUUCAUCGGCUCCAGUUUAAGACCCUAAUCACCCUCCUCUUUCCUACAUGCGGUGAGCUCUUGUUGUCCAAACAGACAAAUAAACAGAGACUAUGUUUUUAUUAUUAAAACAAAGUAAACAGAAAAUCAUCUCCUCGUUCGCAGUCAUCUGCUCUGUUGUCGGUUCUGAACCACUGGCUGUAAUUCCACAUUCCCCAUUGAAGUGCGUCGUCUUUCUCUCGGACAGCAGCUAUCGAUUUCCCACAAAAGUGCAACUCAUUGUAUCGAUGCCUGAGGAAUGAAAGGCUGAGUGGGCUCUGAACUAGGCUUUGAAUUGGCAGCCUUCUGGAUUUUGGCUCGAGAAAUCUACCACAGUGCCACACAGCCAGAUUGUUACGUGACAGGUACUGCACGGCAUGUAGGAAAUGAACGUAUGAAUGUGAGCGUGUGUACGUCUGUACGUACGCAAGCACGUGUGCAUGCUCACGUGCUUUUGAAUAAAAGUCAAAGAUUACUUCCCUUAAAUCUUCAAUUUGUAAAAAAAAAACUGACACUAUCUAGGCCGUACACCUGUUAACGCGCAGCAGUGCGAAAGCUUCGGUUGUGGUAGCUCCUUAUCUGACUAAGCGCAGGGAACGCGCUACAGCCACCAUCCUGCCUGCUUCCAAAAGGGCUGCGUGCCAAAUAGGAAAGGCUGCAUUAUCGCGUCCAUUAACGGGCAGAUGGGCCGUGAUCAAUGGUGGCGGCAGUUUUUUUAUUGCUUAAGUGAUCGCCUUGAGACCACCACCACCACCACCCAUCCAUCCAGCCCUUCCCUCCCCGUCCACCCUGUGGGGCACUACGCUCUCCGUGGUGCCGGAGCGGUGCAGCUGCCUUUGAGCGAGUGCCGCGUUCGUCAUUUCCACUCGCAGCUUUAUCGCAGUUGCGAGAGCGAUGCCGGUGUAGCAGAAUUAUUCGCUGUCGCGUGGAUGCGCUGAGACCUCGGUUCCCUGGCGAGGCUGCAUCGCUUUGGUCACAUGGGGAAUUACUCGCGCUCGGGACGCGGUGGACAACCUGAGGUCUCAUAACCUCGCUCCCCCGGGGGAGAGCCGCUCUCAAGCGUCCUCGCUGGGCAGGGUGUCCGUCUGCAGCUUAAGCCGACCAGCAGGUCGAGACAACUUGGGAACAUCAUCCUCUUGACAAGGAGAACACUUCAUCCGCUGAGGGAUCGGGCACUGUAAUAAAAAAAAAAUCGCUUUAGGAAAUAAAAAAAUAUAAAAAGGGGAGAAGGAAAUCGUUUGUAUAAAAGAAGUUAGUUGCGGGUAGUGGUGCUGACGAGACCGGGAAGCUAUUACAUCCCUGAUAUCAUCGCCUCGUGUGGAUCAAGUGCUAAGCUCGGCCGAUUCGCCCGUGAGCAGCACCUAAUCCACCGCGAACACUCACGUGCUGAUUAAGUACUUCGUAGUGGCCCUUUGCGAAGCCACUGAUGAAACUUUAUUUUUCAUCUCCCUGCCGCUUUGUGGGGGGCGAGCCAUUUCCCGGCGAGGACCUGAGGAUGAGUUCAUCGAGCGGCGGUCAGAACAUCCGGCGGCGUCCCGUGCGCAUCUCCCCGCCACUUCCAUCGCCGCCUCCAUCGCCGCCGCGCCUGCAGCCACGACCGCCGCCGCCGCCGCUGCUGCUGCUGGCGGUGGCGGUGGCGGCGCUGGCGGCCGCGCUGGCGUCGCCGGGCGACGCUCAGGAAAUGGUCUCCUACUCCCGCUCCAUCCGCAUCGAGGGCAACGUCUCCAUCGGCGGGCUCUUCCCCGUGCACGCGCGCGGGCCGGGCGGCCUGUCGCCGUGCGGCGACAUCAAGAAGGAGAAGGGCGUCCAGCGGCUGGAGGCCAUGCUGUACGCGCUGGACCGCAUCAACGCCGACCCCGAGAUCCUGCCCAACGUGACGCUGGGCGCGCGCGUGCUCGACACGUGCUCGCGCGACACGCACGCGCUCGAGCAGUCGCUCACCUUCGUGCAGGCGCUCCUCGAGAGGGACUCGUCGGACGUGCGCUGCACCAACGGCGACCCGGCGACGUUCGCCAAGCCGGAGCGCAUCGCCGGCGUGGUGGGAGCGGCCGCCAGCCCCGUCUCCAUCAUGGUGGCCAACAUGCUGCGCCUCUUCCAGAUCCCGCAGAUCAGCUACGCGUCGGCGUCGCCGGAGCUGAGCGACUCGACGCGCUACGACUUCUUCUCGCGCGUCGUGCCGGCCGACACGGCCCAGGCGCGGGCGCUGCUCGACGUGGCCCGCUCCCUGCGCUGGAGCUUCGUCUCGACCCUCGCCUCCGAGGGCAGCUACGGCGAGAGCUCCGCUGAAGCCUUCGUCCAAGCCGCCAAGGAGAACGGUGGAGUGUGCAUCGCCCAGUCGAUGAAGAUAGCACGAGACUCCAAGCCGCGGGACUUUGACAAGACCAUUCGCCGUCUGCUGGAAACAUCAGCUGCUCGUGCCGUCGUUAUUUUCGCCAACGAGGAGGACGUGAGACGCGUCCUGGAAGCAGCGCACAGGGCAAACCAAACGGAGCACUUCCUGUGGCUGGGCUCGGACAGCUGGGGAGUCAAGUUGGGCCCUGCACUGAACCAGCAGGAAGUGGCAGACGGUGCCAUCACCAUCUACCCGCAAAGCGAGACUGUCCCAGGGUUUGAUACCUACUUCCGCAGUCGCAAGCUGGAAAACAACCGUAGGAAUGUGUGGUUCGCGGAAUUCUGGGAGGAGAACUUCCAGUGCAAACUGGGGAAGCUAAACACCAAACAAGAACUCAGCAGCAGAAAGUGCACAGGCGAGGAGCGCAUCGGGGUGGACGCCCCGUAUGAGCAAGAAGGGAAGGUGCCGUUCGUGAUCGACGCGGUGUACGCCAUGGCGCACGCGCUGCACAGCAUGCACCAGGAGCUGUGCCCGGACGCCGUGGGGCUCUGCCCGCGCAUGAACCCCGUCAACGGGCAGGAGCUGCUGCGCUACAUUCGCAAGGUCAACUUCACAGGCUGCACCGGCAAGCCGGUGACGUUCAACGAUAACGGAGAUGCCCCCGGACGGUACAACGUGUACCAGUACCAGGCGAGCAACGCCCUGAACGCCGGUUUCCAGCUCGUUGGGCAGUGGCACAGGAAACUGCAGAUGAAUAUGAACGCGCUGCAGUGGGUGCGCGUCCCCCACGAGCCGCCGCCCGCGUCCGAGUGCAGCGUGCAGUGCGAGCCGGGCGAGAGGCGCCGGCAGCUCAAGGGCGUCCCGUGCUGCUGGACGUGCGAGCGCUGCGAGGGCUACACCUACCUGCACAAGGACUUCACCUGCAAGCUGUGCCCCUACCACCUGCGGCCCGACGCCAACCACACGGCCUGCCACCCCUUCCCGACCGUCAAGCUCGAGUGGCACUCGCCCUGGGCGGCCGUGCCCCUCUUCGUCGCCGUGCUCGGCAUCCUGGCGACGUCGUUCGUGGCGGCGACGUUCGCCCGCUUCAAUGACACGCCCAUCGUGCGCGCGUCCGGCCGCGAGCUCAGCUACACGCUGCUCACGGGCAUCUUCCUGUGCUACGUCGUCACGUUCCUGAUGAUCGCCGCACCGAGCGUGGCGCUGUGCACGCUGCGGCGCCUCUUCCUCGGCCUGGGCAUGUGCAUCAGCUACGCGGCGCUGCUCACCAAGACAAACCGCAUCCACCGCAUCUUCGAGCAGGGCAAGAAGUCCGUGGCGCCGCCGCGCUUCAUCAGCCCCGCGUCGCAGCUCGUCAUCGCGUUCAGCCUCAUCUCGGUGCAGCUCUUGGGUGUGUUCGUGUGGUUCGGUGCCAACCCACCGCAGGUGUUCAUCAACGAACAGCGCACGCUUGACCCUAUGGAGGCCCACUGGGUGCUCCAGUGCGACAUCUCGGACCUGGCACUCAUCUGCUCGCUGGGCUACAGCAUCCUGCUCAUGGUCACGUGCACCGUGUACGCCAUCAAGACCCGCGGCGUGCCCGAGGGAUUCAACGAGGCCAAGCCCAUCGGCUUCACCAUGUACACCACCUGCAUCAUCUGGCUCAUCUUCAUCCCCAUCUUCUUCGGCACGUCGCAGUCCGUCAACAAGCUGGGCAUCCAGACGACCACGCUCACCAUCGCCAUGAGCCUCAGCGCCUCCGUUUCGCUGGGGAUGCUCUUCUGCCCCAAGGUGUACAUCGUGCUCCUGAGGCCGGAGCUCAACGUGCAGAAGCGCAAGCGCAGCUUCAAAGCCGUGGUGACGGCCGCCUCCGCCACCCAGAAGCUGUCCCACAAGGCGAGCGAGAGGCCCAACGGUCAGGCGACGACGGAGCUGUACGAGAACACGACCGACACUGCUGCUGUGGCACCGGCGAAGAAACCAACGACGUACAUUAAUUACAGCAACCACACUGGAUAACGAGAUGGGAUUGUACAUCUCUACGCAGCCACGGGGGCCCCCCUCCCAAAGUAUGCUGUUUGCAAUCUGCUACCGGCCCAAUCGGCUGGUCUACAAUCUGCAGCACAGCAGGCCACUGUGCCAUGCAAAAAUAAAUAAAUGUAUAAAGAGGAAAAAAGAGAGAGAGAGAGAGGAAAGCGACUGCAAGAAAAGAAAAACACGGAAUGAUGGAAAAGACCAAUUUGUACUGAUGAAAUGCCUUGACUUUUUUUUAUGAAAGUAAAGACUUACUAACGUGCGUGUAUAUGUAUAGGUAUGUGUGUAUAUUCAUGUAUAAACACAUACAUGUCAUGUAUACAUGCUCUAUAUAUGGUUUUGUUCGGUUAUUGAGAAUGUUGCGUGAUGCCUGACAUGGUUUAAAAUGAUACGUUACGAAAAAAAUAUAAACGAUUUAAAAAUAAUUUAAAGUGACAUGAAACAAGGGCCUUGAUGAAUUAAUAUCCAGAUUGUCAACAACUUUUUUCCAAAAUGUAUGAUAGCAGAACAAACAAAAGUAUUCCCUUUUUUAUUAUUAGAUCAUGUAGAGCGGAGGUUUAGUUUCAAGUUCAACUUAUGUCUCCAAAGUGGCAAGACAACGAUGAACAGGGCAGAUCGAUAAGAAGAAUAAAAAACAAUUUUGAAGAUAAUCGUUAAUCAUCCAAAAGAAGGCAUUUCAAUAUCUUUUUGAAAAAAAGUUACCGGAUAAUCAUAUUUUUUUCACGAAAAAAAAUCAAGGUCUGCUGUCCUUUGUUAUUAUUGCCUGCUUUUGUUAACUUGGGCGCAACUGAUAGUGUUAAAUUGUGACCAUCCUGCUUGAAGAUGCUGUCUGUUUCAAUCUUGUGGUUUUACAUGUGGAUUGCUUAUUGGGCACUGACGGUUUUUUUGUCAUUUGCCUUUGAAAGUGUUUGUCGGAGGCAUGUGUCCAUUCAGCCUUGCCACCACCCCAUUAUCGGCCCUCCUCCCUCAGACCCGUUGCAAUUUCUGCCCCCUCUUUCACCCCCACCCCCCCCCCCCCCCCCCCCCCCCCCCCCCGAGAUCCAACUCCCUUAUUUUCAUGCCUCAUUAUGGACCACCAAACAAAAUUAUUGUUUUUAUAAAAUAACUCUUUAAAUAAAAGUCCAAAGUUA